GUGACACCAUCUGUAUUUCCGUUCUAGAGAUCGUCGCACGUCCGGUGUCUGCUUGCAGCAAAUUUUCUCUUCUGUUUUGUGUGCGCGCUUCAUAAUCCAAGGAUGGACUACAUUUGGCCUUAUAUUCCAGAGAGCAUAAAAGCGCUUCCAGUUCACAUGGACUUUGUUGGCCAGAAGAAAGCAGAAAAAACAUUCCAGACCAUUAUUUUGCUAUUUGGAGUUGUGGGUUUUGUUUGGGGCUAUGUAUGCCAGCAGUUCUCACAAACAAUGUACAUUUUGCUGUCUGGAUUUGCUCUCUCUUGUAUUCUGACGCUUCCACCAUGGGCCAUGUACAGACGGAAUCCACUACCUUGGCUUAAGCCAAGAUCUGAAGCUGGUGGCGAUCGAGCUGUAGCAUCUUCUCCUCCAGCAUCUUCAAAUCCACAAAAAUCAAAGAAAAAGAAGUAGUUGUGAACAGUUGUUCCUUGACUAUUUCAAUAUUUUGUGUUAUGUGACUUCAUAUUUUAAUUGAUGACUGUUUCAUCAACUUUAGUAUAAUAAGUAAGAAACAGUAUAAAUUACUUUAUGAAAGUGUUUUAAAGCAGUUUGCUUUAAAGGUGUUAAGUGUUCAGAAAGAUGUUUCAUACACAGCCAACCUCACUGUAUUGUAAGAAAACCAAAAUUUAUCAUUUUGUUCCAUAAUAAAGUUUGAAAUUAG